AUGGGAGUUUUGAAUACAGCUCCUUGCCCUUUCGAUCAAAUAGUUUGUAGACAUAUAACUGACUUGCUUUUUUUUUACAUUUUCUGCUCACUUGAUUGCUCUUCAACAGUAGCUGCUUCUGCCGAACAAGCUUCCAAGCCAAAGGUUGAUGCACCUAAAGCAGAAGCACCUAAAGUUGAAUCAGCUAAACCUGCUGCUGCUCCUGCUGCUGCUGCUGCUCCUGCUGCUUCUUCUGUUAAGAAGGCUGAAGUUUCAGUAGAAGAUGAUGUCGAAGAACUCGACGAUGAAAUUACUCAAGAUUUAUUCGGCAAAGAACAUCUCAACGUUGUUUUCAUGGGCCACGUCGAUGCUGGUAAGUCAACCAUGGGUGGUAAUAUCCUUUACUUGACUGGUAUGGUUGAUAAGCGUACCUUGGAAAAGUAUGAAAGAGAAGCCAAAGAAGCUGGUAGAGAAUCAUGGUAUCUCUCCUGGGCUUUAGAUACCAACACUGAAGAAAGAGCUAAGGGUAAAACUGUUGAAACUGGUAGAGCUUAUUUUGAGACUGACAAGCGUCGUUAUACCAUUUUGGACGCUCCUGGUCACAAGAACUUUGUUCCCAGUAUGAUUCAAGGUGCUUCUCAAGCCGAUAUUGGUGUACUUGUCAUUUCUGCCCGUAAGGGUGAAUUUGAAACUGGUUACGAACGUGGUGGCCAGACCCGUGAACAUGCCAUGUUGGCCAAGACCUCGGGUAUCAAUAAAUUAAUUGUUGCUAUCAACAAGAUGGAUGAUCCUACUGUGCAAUGGGAUAAGGCUAGAUACGACGAAAUUCUUGAAAAAUUGACUCCCUUCUUGAAAUCUAUCGGUUAUAAUCCCAAGACAGAUGUCCAUUUUAUGCCUCUGUCUGGUUUUACCGGUGCUAACAUUAAGGAGCGCGAUACCAAGAAUUGCCCUUUCUAUGAUGGUCCUUCUCUUCUCGAAUACCUUGACGCUUUCAAAACCAGCGAUAGAAAGUUGAAUGAUCCUUUAAUGAUGCCUAUUUCCGAAAAGUACAAGGAUAUGGGUACUAUCGUUGUUGGUAAAAUUGAAGCUGGUCAUAUCAAGAAGGGUCAAUCUGUCUACAUCAUGCCCAACAAGCAAAUUGCUGAAAUCACAGCCAUUUACGAUGAGACUGAAGAGGAAAUUGAAUAUGCCGGUAGUGGUGAUAACAUCAGAAUGCGUUUGAAGGGUGUGGAAGAAGAUGAAAUCAUGCCUGGUUUUGUUAUCUGUAGUAAAAAAGCACCUGUCAGGACAACCACCAUGUUCGAAGCUGAAUUAGCUAUUUUGGAUCAUAAGAAUAUUAUCUGUGCUGGUUAUACUGCUGUUUUGCAUAUUCACGCUGCUGCUGAAGAAGUUAACCUUAACGCUCUUCUCCACUCUAUUGAUAAAAAGACCCGUAAGAGAACAAAGAGAGCUCCUCAAUUCCUCAAACAAGGUCAAAAGGCUAUCGUUCGUAUUGAAACAGCUGGACCUAUCUGUAUCGAAACUUUCGCCAAGCUUCCUCAAUUGGGUCGCUUCACUCUUCGUGAUGAAGGAAAGACAGUGGCCAUUGGUAAGGUGACCAAGGUUUUAGAACCUGCCCAAAUCCAAGCUCUCCAACAAUAG